AUGGGGUCUGCGUCAGGGGGACCCUAUUUCGCCUAUGCUGUUCAUUCUAGCAGAGGAGGUGUGUGUACGGGAUUGGCAAAUUUGAUCAACGAGAAGAAACUUUCUCAUCUUCAUGGGCCGCAGGGUGUUUGCACCCUUGGGAAUUGCUUGUUCGCUGACGAUAUUUUUAUAUUCACUAAUGCUUCUAUUCAUUAUGUCAGGAACCUCAAGCGCCAUGCGAUUGUAGAGGAGCUGCAGAUUCCGGUUUGUAAAUUCCCCACUAGGUACCUUGGUGCAAAGAUCUCUAAGGACCAUGUGAGAAAGAACAUGUUGUUACCUGUAAGGGAUAGAGUCAAACACAAAUUGGCAGGUUGGAAAGGAAAACUGCUUUCAAUGGCUGGUCGGGUGGAGCUGCUUGGUUCGGUUUUGUAUGGGGAAAUCCUUCCACCAUUCAAGGGUUCUUUGAGUGGUGGAAAGGCCUUGAACUGUGUUAGGAACCUAGGAUUGGCAGUUUCUAAUGCCACUGCUCGCGAUAUUCUGGAGGUGUUUUGGUGCAGGCCUGAUCGGCAGUGGAUCAAGCUUAAUAUUGAUGGCAGCUCUAUUGGGAAUCCAGACUGGCUGUUUACUGCUAGGGAGAGAGGCUUCAUGGAUUUGUGGAUAGAAUCUGACUCGGCAUCUUUGGUUUUGUCCAUUCAAAACUCCAAUAUUCCGUGGUUUGCGCUCCAAAGAUGGCAAGUGCUAAAACCUUUUAUUGAGUCUUGCAAUUGGAAAAUAACACAUUGUUAUAGGGAAGCGAAUCCUAUUGCAGACUACUUGGCUAAGCAUGCGGCGAUUACGGGAGAAUCUUCGACAGGCCUUCCCUUUCCUAGUCAUAUUGAAGAACAGUUGGCUCGUGAUGCUAUGGCAUUUCUUUGGUCGCUUCUCUUCUUCUCUUCUUCAUCUACUGCUUAUGCAACUACAACUGGGGUCGUCUCUCUUCAGUUGUCAUCAAGUGAAGCAGAGGCUCUCCUCAAAUGGAAAGCCACUCUCCAAAGCUACUCUGUUGCUGCUCUCGAUUCUUGGAAGCUUACUACUACAUCAUCACCAUCUCCCAACACUACCAGUACUAAUACCACUUUAUCAUCAUGCAAGUGGUUUGGUAUAACUUGCAACAAAGUUGGAAGCGUGGUUGAGAUUAACCUUCCCGAGACAGAGCUACAAGGUACGCUUGACUACUUCACUUUCUCUUCCUUUCCUAAUCUUCUCCGUCUCAAUCUCAGCUUCAAUCAACUCACAGGUCCCAUACCUGAGCAUGUUGGUAGUCUCUCCAAACUCACCCACCUCGAUCUCUCCAAUAAUAACAUUUCCAGCGUUAUGCCUCCCACCUUGGGUAAUUUAAGCAGCCUGCAAUUCUUAGUCCUCUAUGACAAUGAUAUCAAUGGCAAGAUACCAUUAGAUAUAGGAAAUAUGAAUAGUCUGGUUGAAUUGUCACUAGGAUGGAAUAAAUUGACUGGUAUGAUUCCCCCUGUCCUGGCUAAUUUAAGCAACAUUCACUUUCUACACCUGCAUACCAAUGAACUCAGUGGUCCAAUACCUUCAGAACUAGGAAAUCUAGAUAGUCUGGUUACCUUGGAACUAGAAUCAAACAAAUUCAUUGGUUCCAUCCCUUAUUCUCUGGCUAAUUUAAGUAGACUAGAGAAUCUCUAUUUGUAUGACAAUCAAUUAUCUGGCCUGUUGCCUUCAAAAAUUGGAGAUAUGGAAAAUCUUGUUGACUUGGUGCUAAGUCAAAACAAUCUCAGCGGUCCAAUCCCUCAUUCUCUGACUAAUUUAAGUAGACUAGAGAAGCUCUAUUUGUAUGGGAAUCAAUUUUCUGGUCAGUUGCCUUCAGAAAUUGGAGACAUGAGAAAUCUGGUUGACUUGGAGAUUUCUCGUAACAAACUUAGUGGUCAAAUCCCUCUUUCUCUAGCUAACUUAAGUAAACUAGAGAUUCUCUAUUUGCAUAACAAUCAAUUAACUGGUCCGCUGCCUUCAGAAAUUGGAGAUAUGGAAAAUCUUGUUGAUUUGGAGAUUUCUCAAAACAAAUUCAACGGUCAAAUCCCUCAUUCUCUAGCUAACUUAAGUAAACUAGAGAUUCUCUAUUUGUAUGAGAAUCAAUUAUCUGGUCCGCUGCCUUCAGAAAUUGGAGACAUGAAAAAUCUGGUUGACUUGGAGAUUUCUAAAAACAAACUCAGUGGUCAAAUCCCUCAUUCUCUAGCUAACUUAAGUAAACUAGAGAUUCUCUAUUCGCAUGACAAUCAAUUAUCUGGUCCGCUGCCUUCAAAAAUUGGAGAUAUAGAAAAUCUUGUUGAAUUGGCACUACAUGUAAACAAUCUCAGUGGCCCAAUCCCUCAUUCUUUGGCUAAUUUAAGUAGACUAGAGUGGCUCACAUUGUUUGACAAUCAGUUAUCUGGUCCCAUACCACAAGAGUUAGGUGUCCAAGCAUCCAUUAUAACAAUUGAUAUGUCAGACAACCUCUUAUCUGGAAGGUUACCACAACAAAUAUGCCAAGGCCGAUCACUUCAAAACUUAACAGUUGAGAACAAUAGCCUCAUGGGUCCUAUUCCGGAUUUGAGAAAUUGCACAAGUCUGAGGAGAGUUCGACUUGAAAACAACCGAUUUGUAGGAAAUAUAACCAACAGUUUUGGUGUACAUCCACAUCUUUAUUACAUUGAUAUGAGUCACAACAAACUAUAUGGAGAGCUAUCACCAAAUUGGGGAGAAUGUAAGAAUUUGUCAGCGCUAAAGAUAUCUGGAAACAAUAUUAGUGGGAAGAUACCAUCUAAGGUUGGUCAGUUAACUCGACUUGGACAACUUGACCUUUCUUUCAACAAACUUGUUGGAGAAAUACCAAAGGAACUCGGUAGCUUAUCCAGUUUGUUCAAAUUAUAUUUAAAUGACAACCAGUUUUCAGGGCUUGUACCAGUGGAAAUCGGCAAAUUAAUCAAUUUGGAGCAUCUAGACCUAUCAUCAAACAUGCUAACUGGAUCAAUCCCCACCCAACUUGGUCAAUGCUCCAAACUGUUGUCAUUAAAUUUGAGUUGUAAUUCAUUGAAUGGAAGUAUUCCAUCUCAAAUUGCUGAUCUAGUAUUCCUACAAACUCAAUUGGACCUUAGUCAUAACUCAAUCAGUGGACUGAUACCAUCACAGCUUGCAAAGUUGGUGAUGUUGGAAAUUUUGAAUCUAUCCCACAAUAUAAUCACAGGCUCCAUCCCCCUUUCUCUCGAAGAUAUGAUUAGCUUAGUAUCUCUUGAUUUGUCCUAUAAUCAGUUGGAGGGUGUUGUUCCUAACAAUAGGGUUUUCAGACGUGCUGCUUCACCACAAGCAUUUAGAAACAACAAAGGGUUAUGUGGUGAACUUCAAGGUCUACUUCCCUGCAAUCGAUCUCAUACAAGUAAGGGAUAUAGUAAAAAUGGACACAAAGUCCUCAUAUCCAUCAUUGCUUCUUUGAUAGGAAUUGUGUUCCUUGCAUUUGCAAUUAUUACUGUCCUUUUCCUCUUGCAAAAAAAAAUGAAAAAACGAAAUGUAGAAGCAACAAGAAGAAACCAUGGCAAUAUAUUUUCAAUAUGGAAUUUCGAUGGCAAGAUUGCUUAUGAGGACAUAAUUCAAGCAACGGAGGAUUUUGAUGCCAAAUAUUGCAUUGGAGCUGGAACUUAUGGGAGUGUUUACAAAGCAAUCCUACCUACAGGUCAUGUAGUAGCCUUGAAGAAGUUCCAUCCAUUGGAAGGUGAGGUGAUAGUUGAUGAAAGCUUUGGGAAUGAGAUGCGUGUAUUAACAGAUAUCAGGCAUCGAAACAUUGUCAAACUUUAUGGGUUCUGCUCCCAUUCAAGAUGCAUGUUUCUUGUUUAUGAGUACAUGGAAAAAGGAAGCUUAGCACAUAUCUUGUGCAAUCAAGCUGAGGCUGUGGGGUUGGAUUGGCUGAAAAGAGUAAAUGUCAUCAAAAGUGUGGCAAAUGCUUUGUCUUACUUGCAUCAUGAUUGUAUUCCACCAAUAAUUCAUCGGGAUAUUUCAAGCAAAAAUAUAUUGCUUGACUUGGAACUUGAGGCUCGUGUCUCUGAUUUUGGUGUUGCAAGACUAUUAAAGCCAGACUCAUCUAAUUGGACAUCACUCAAAGGAACUUAUGGAUAUAUUGCUCCAGAGCUUGCCUAUACCAUGGCUUUAACUGAUAAGUGUGAUGUAUAUAGUUUCGGAGUAUUGACAUUGGAAAUAAUUAUGGGAAGACAUCCAGGGGAGCUCAUCUCAUCUUUAACGUCACCAGUUGGCCAAAAGAUGCUAUUAAGGGACAUGUUAGACCCACGUCUCACCUUUCCUUCAGAUCAAAAGGUUGCAAAGGAUGUGGUUUCUGUUGUGAGAAUAGCAAUUGCAUGUUUACGCAGUCACCCACAAUCCCGCCCAACUAUGCAUCAAGUAUCAAAAGAGCUACUUGGUCACCGACCAUCAUUUGUGGAGCAUUUUUAUACAAUUACUGUAGGUGACCUAAAUGAUAUUGAAGUACAAUACUUGUGAUCGA